AUGCUUCCUUCUGAUUGCUACAUCGAUGCCCUCUGGCUGGAAGCGUACGACAACCAGACUGGUCAGGAUUUCGAGCUGUCCCAAGUGGUGAUAGGGACACCAGCGGAAGUUUUCGACGCGUGGAUUCAUGACGUCUGGCUCGCUGGCGGAGACCAAGUGCACGAAGGUGUUGGCCGAGGAUACGUCGGAAGUGUGCGUCGAGUGCCACUGCAUGUGGAGGAGGAGAUCCUGUCGGCGGGGAUACCCGAAGCGUCAGUCGGGGAGCAAAGCGCAAGUAUUAAGAUCCCAUCCAUCUGCUACCGAGUUUGCAAACCUGGCCCAUUCCCACUGCAAAGUCAUCUGGCUAUGACGGAGAUGUCUAGGGCGUGCAGUUGGCUGCAUUGCGGUGGUUUAAUCCGCCUGGUCUUUCGUUUAGCGCUGAGGACAUUCCUACGAUCGCUUGCCAAGAAGCAAGAGAGCAAACAAGACGUGUAG